CCUGAUUCUAUAACAACAGACAUAAAUACAACAUACAAGCCCAUGAACAUGGAAGAAAAAGGAUAAAUCAAUAGUAAUCGGCAUAAAACGAUCCGAUGACGCCCAACAAAGCAGCCUGGAUCAAAGCCAUCCAUCAACCCCUCACAGUCGACUCGGCUCCAUAUCCCACUCCAGGACCGGGAGAGCUCGUGGUCAAGAAUGCCUUCGUGGCUGUUAAUCCCGUUGAUUGGAAGAUUCAGGAAUCUGGCGGUUUCCUAACAGAAUAUCCCUGGAUCCUGGGAACAGAUGUCGCCGGUGAAGUCGUCGAGGUCGGAGCGCGCGUUACAAGGUUCAAGAAGGGUGAUCGGGUUAUCAGCUACGCAUUAUCCCUAAUCAAACCCCCCUCCUAUGGCGGAUUCCAACUAUACACCCUCGCCCUUGAACUCGUCACAGCCCCCAUUCCAAAGGAUAUCAAAUAUGAAAACGCCGUCGUGCUACCACUAGCCCUCUCCACGGCCGCGGCGGGGUUAUACCAAUCCGACCUGCUGCAUUUACCUUAUCCGUCCCUGUCCACAGGAACAGACGCAGGUAAAGGUAAAGGUAAAUCAAACGGAACCCUGAUUGUCUGUGGCGCAAGCUCCUCCGUCGGCUCAGCAGUCGUGCAGCUCGCCACCGCGUCCGGAUUAGACGUUGUCGCGACUGCAUCGCCUCGGCAUUUCGCCUACGCGAAGGAUCUCGGCGCGAAGGCUGUUCUCGAUUAUCAUUCCGCGGAUCUUACGGAGAAGGUUGUGGAGGCCGUUAAAGCGACCGGAACGAGGUUCGUGGGGCUGUACGAUGCUGUUGGAAGGGGGGGAUGGGAAGGGAUUAUGGGUCGAUUGAAGGGGAAGGCUGCGACUGUGUUGAAUCCGCCGAGAAAGUUGCCUGUUGGUGUUACGGCUUCGGGGCUAUUCGCGGCAAAUAUAGCUACAAAGUACCAAGAUGUAGCUAAUGCCGUUUGGAGGGAUUUUGUCCCUCAGGCUCUGCAGUCUGGUCAGUUGAAGCCUAAGCUAGAUCCGAUUAUUAUCGAGGGUGGGCUGGAAAAGGUCCAGGCUGGGCUGGAUAGGCAGAAGCAGGGUGUUUCUGCUGCAAAGGUUGUAAUACCUGUAGCAUAGCCAUAGCUGCAGUUGGCAAAGAAGACAGGAUGCGUGCAGAAAACACAUGUAUAUCUUUCUAUGCAUGAGGCGCAUUAAAGAAA